CUUACUCUAUAUUUAACAGCUGCAGUCUGUGCUGGGGGCAACUGCAACAGAGGGGAACCUUUGUAGCUUCCCAAAUUCACAGCUUGUGAGGGUGGGAGUGGGGGAAGCUUUCUGCAGGGAGAAGAGGGAUUUCUCUCCUUGCCGGUAUUUGAAAAGCAGGUUGCGUUAAAGAGAGACUGCAAUGCCAGCAUCCCAGCCACGGUCCAGGGCCAGAGACAGGAACAAUGUCCUCAACAGGGCUGAGUUCCUCUCCCUGAAUCAGCCCUUGAAGGGGAACCAGGAGAGCAGGAGCUCCAGCAGGAAGCAGAAUGGCCAGGCUGGGGCGGCUGGUGGCCAGGGCAGCAGCCCCAAGGAGCGGCGGCAGUCGCAGCAGCUGCCCGAGGAGGAUUGCAUGCAGCUCAACCCCUCCUUCAAGGGAAUCGCCUUCAACUCGCUGCUGGCCAUCGACAUCUGCAUGUCCAAGAGGCUGGGGGUGUGUGCCAGCAGAGCCUCCUCCUGGGGAGGCGCCCGCUCCAUGAUCAACCUGCUGGGGAUAACGGGGCACGGCAUCCCCUGGAUCGCGGGCACGCUCAUCUGCCUGGUGAAGAGCAGCACGCUGGCAGGCCAGGAGGUCCUCAUGAACCUGCUGCUAGCCCUGCUCCUGGAUAUCAUGAUUGUGGCGGGUCUGCAGAAGCUGGCCAAGAGGAAGGGCCCGUACGACAUCACCCCCGGCCUGUUGGACUACCUGACCAUGGACACGUACGCCUUUCCCGCCGGCCACGCCAGCAGGGUGGCCAUGCUCUCCAAGUUCUUCCUCAACCACCUGGUGCUGGCCAUCCCCCUGCGCAUCCUGCUGGUGCUCUGGGCCCUCUGCGUGGGCUUCUCGCGCGUCAUGAUCGGCCGGCACCACAUCACAGACGUGCUCUCGGGCUUCGCCUUCGGCUACCUGCAGUUCAGGCUGGUGGAGUUGAUAUGGAUGUCUUCCAACACGUGUCAGAUGUUGAUAUCCAUCUGGUGAACGUGGAGGACUUGGGAACUAGAAGAUACUUGGAGAGUCCCCCCGUCCCCCCCCAGUGUUUUCUACGUGUUGUUUGUUGGAAGCAGUUGUAACUUCCAUGAGUAGUGGUGUUUUUUAAUGUCGCUUCCCCACCUUAAAAAAAAAAAAGUUUCUUGCAAUGGAUUGGGUUUUAGCAAUCAAGGGCCAUACCUGUGUUUUGGCUAAAUUCUCAAGCUGUGUUUGGACAGCAGCCUAAUUAAGCUUUACAGGUGAGAGAAAUGAGCUACAUGUCUGCCUUCUUUAGGUGCUUCACCUUGAUAUGUCCUCAGGAUGGGCAGUGCCUGACAGCUUCCUGAGAACACGUUCGUGAACUUUUUAGAGGAUAAAUUAUUUUGGCCACAGUGCUUUUCUUUUUUUUUCUUUUUGUAAGCCCAGCAGUUGUGUCUUGU